AUGCAGCCGCCGUGCGUCUACAGGUUCAAUCACUGCCUCCAGUUAAAUCCUGGAUUCACUCCUUGUCACCGAAACCAACCGCGAUUCACCGUGGCGCAUCCCCACCCGCCUCGUCCCCCUCCCACCCUCUUCCGCUCCUUCCCUUCGCCACCUCCCUCUCCGCCCUCGCCGCCUUCCCCUCCUCACCCCGCGUAUUCCCGCCCCGCACCUCCCGCAUCUCCCCCUUCCCCCGCCCCCGCCUCCCCUUCACGCCCUUCUGCUACUAUGGGUCGCCCCUCAGACACCUCGUCCUCCCCCUCGCUGGCCUCACCUCCCUCCACCGCACCGGCCCAAGAUACCCGCGAACCAGACGCUACAUCCGGCUCCUUGGAAGGGCCCGAGGCGGCAUUUGCAUCGCUUAUUGCUGAGGCGGAGAGUCAAGCUACAGGAGGGAGAGGGGGAGGCGGAGGGGGGGAGGCGGAGAGUGAGGAGGAGAGGGCACAGAGGGCCCUGGAGUGUCCGUGUUUGGACAAGCUGAGAGACGGGGCGUGCUGGGAGCAGUUUGCAGAGAGCUUCCGGUGUUACUACAUCAGCAAGGAGGAGGACCAGGGUUCAGACUGUGUCUCCCAGUUCUCCGCACUGCAGUCGUGCAUCUCUGCCAACGCCUCUCACUUCCAGCAGUACCUGGCGGAGGAGGGCGAGGGUGAACUGUUGAAUGCACCCGCAGAGGCGGAUGGGAAAUCCUAA